AUGACGUCUGAUCAACAAAAUGGAAAAUCUCCAUUUUUGCCAAGAUUAGGGAUGGACAACGAGGACAACAGAAACAACACCAACAAGUUUAGGAGAACAAACAUCAAUUCUAUUUGUUCCUUCAAUUUCAAUCGGUUCCAUUAUUGUGUUCUGUUAUGUUGGCUGUUUGGAAUUUUCUUCGCAACCCAAAUGAUUUUUUCCGUAUUUUCAAAUUAUAUACCAAAAUGGAAAUGUUUAUUAAAUAAUACUUCCAAUUUUGCUAGAAAUUGUACAAUAUAUCAACAAUGUCCAGAGAAUUUGAUACAAUUUGAAGAGAAUAUACCUUUUCAUUCAGCGGCAAUGGAAUUUGGCUGGAUUUGUGGAGCUAAUGCAUAUAAUCGAGCUUUAUUUAGCCAAAUACAAUUUGCUGGUGUGCUCAUUGGCACUUUAACUUUUGGAGCAAUAUCAGAUGCAUUUGGACGAUUUGCACCCAAUUGGCAUUUCUUAUUAUUUUGCCGUUUUAUUCUUGGUCUCUGUAUUGGAGGAGAUUUGGUCGUUGUAUAUACUUUUGUGAUGGAACAAUUGUUACCAACUCAAAGGAUGGCUAUUAGGGGAUUUUUUAAUUGGGGAGUUGCCCGCCUAAUAUUUACUUUGAUUUGUAUGUUUUUCCCUGAUUGGCGUUCUUCAAGUAUUGCUUGUGCUAUAUUUUCAAUGCCUGCAUUAAUUAUUAUAAUAUUUUUAAUGCCUGAAAGUCCAACAUGGCUACAUAGUAAGGGUCGUCUUGAACAAAUGCGAAUAAAUGAAAGAAAAAUUGCCCGGUUAGCAGGUCUUCCACCGACAAUUAAAUUACCUGAACAUGAAAAAUUAUCACCAAAGGAAAAUUCUUUUUGGAAUUUAAUCAAAGAUAAGACGCUUUUGAGACGUGUUUCGGUUCUUUGGGUCAUGUUCACAGCAGCAAUUUCAGGAUAUUCUAUAGAUUUAAAUAGCUCAAAUAUUAGUGGCGAUCUUUUUCUUAAUCAAAGCCUUCUUUCGUCGAUAUGUGCAAUCUCUAAAAUAUGCCUUGUUAUAGUUGAUACUGUAUUUCCAAAAUUUUCUCGGCGUAAUCUCCAUCAAGGGGCACAACUUGUAGUAAUUAUCUCUGCAUCGCUUCUAGUCUUCUUCGUUUUUUAUGAUCAUGAUGGAAUUGGAAUUCUUUUGGCUAAUUUAAUUGGAAUAACUUUCAUUGAAUUAACUUGCGCCGUAGAAUCGGUGCCAACAUCAUUGAGAGCCUCAUCAGUUGGUUCAUGUUCACUUAUAGCUCGUAUUGGUACCUUAAUUGCUCCAGUGUUAGUAUUUUUAAAUACUCGUUGGCCCGCAAGUGUUUAUUUAAUUAUUGUCUUUAUUGGUUCAAUAAAUUUGUUGAUUUCUUGAUUAUUUUUAAUUGAAACAAAGGGAAUUAAUUUGGAUUCUGUACAUUUGCACGAAGAUAAUAAACAAUACGAAUUUAUAAGGAACGAAGAAAGGAAAUGUUUAAAA